CAAGAGAAUAAUGAUAUUGAUUGAUACAUAAUUAGAAAGCUCAUUUCUCACCUUCAAUAAACAAUUACAUAAAUAGAUAAAUAAACAAUUGGAAGCUAUUUAUAUCAUUUUGGUCAUAACCGCCCCAAAAAAAGCUUCUCAGAAAUCAGAAUUCGGUGUUGCAGAGGAUUUGCAGAGGACAGAAGAGAGAAUCUCCGAUCAAAAAUGGCGAAACACGAAGAGCUUCCGAUUCCAGAGUACUCAACAUUGGAGCCUGUAUAUGACGAGGGAUCUCAGCUCGAGGAAGCUCAGCUCCGCUUCGACAAUUUGAAGUCCAAGUUUAUCGACUUCUUCGGUCGUCCUCCUCACGUCUUCGCUCGCUCUCCAGGGAGGGUGAAUUUGAUCGGAGAGCACAUAGACUACGAAGGUUACUCGGUGUUGCCUAUGGCGAUAAGGCAGGAUACGAUUGUCGCGAUUCGGAAGCGUGACGGUGAAGACACCGAGAAGGUUCUGAGAAUUGCCAAUGUCAAUGAUAAGUACCAAAUUUGUACCUAUCCUGCUGAUCCUGAACAGGAAAUCGACUUGAAAAAUCACAGAUGGGGUCACUAUUUUAUUUGCGGGUACAAAGGAUACUAUGAAUAUGCUAAAUCAAAAGGAGUAAAUGUUGACGCACCAGUCGGCCUUGAUAUUCUUGUUGACGGAACAGUUCCUACUGGCUCUGGAUUAUCAAGCUCUGCAGCAUUUGUUUGCUCCUCCACAAUUGCUAUCAUGGCUGCUUUUGAUACGAGCUUUCCAAAGAAAGAAAUUGCCCAACUUACAUGUGAAUGUGAACGACACAUUGGAACACAGUCUGGUGGAAUGGAUCAGGCAAUUUCUGUCAUGGCCAAAACUGGAUUUGCAGAACUGAUUGAUUUCAAUCCUAUCCGUGCUACUGAUGUGCAAUUGCCAGCUGGUGCAAGUUUUGUCAUUGCCCAUUCUUUGGCAGAAUCGCAGAAAGCAGUCACUGCUGCCACAAAUUACAACAACAGAGUUGUUGAAUGUCGACUGGCUGCAAUUGUGCUUGGUAUUAAGCUGGGGAUGAAACCACAAGAGGCAAUAUCAAAAGUAAAAACUCUCUCUGAUGUUGAAGGCUUGUGUGUAACAUUUGCUGAUAGUCGUGACUCUUCAGAUCCUGUCCUGGCUGUCAAGGAACUUCUGAAAGAGGAACCUUACACCGCUGAAGAGAUAGAGACAAUUACCGAGGAAAGUCUACCAUCAGUCCUUGGGAAUUCUCCAUCUUCUUUGGAUGUCCUAAAGGCUGCAAAACACUUCAAGUUACAUCAGAGAGCUGCCCAUGUGUACUCUGAAGCCAAGCGGGUGCAUGCUUUUAAGGAUACUGUAUGUUCAGAUUUAAGUGAGGAGGACAUGCUGAAGAAGCUUGGCGAUCUUAUGAAUGAGAGCCACUAUAGUUGUAGUGUUCUGUAUGAAUGCAGCUGUCCGGAGUUGGAAGAGCUUGUAAAUAUUUGCCGCGAAAACGGAGCUCUCGGGGCAAGACUUACCGGAGCUGGAUGGGGAGGCUGUGCAGUUGCUUUGGUGAGAGAGAGUAUUGUCCCACAAUUCAUUCUCAACUUAAAGGAACACUUUUACCAGUCAAGGAUCGAAAAAGGAAUCAUCAACAAGAAUGACCUUGGUCUCUAUGUUUUUGCUUCCAAGCCCUCAAGUGGUGCUGCUAUUUUCAAGUUCUAAUACGUCUUACAAAAAUAAAAUUUGAUUCUUAAUUUCUAAUUAUACAUAAUUUAUUAUAAAAUAAGAUCAUAUUUUGUCAGAAUCUUGUCUUUUGUCAAGAGGAUAAAGAUUUUACAAAAUUGUCCAAAACUACGUUGGCUAAUGCCUUUCCCGAAAACAUGUAUAAAAUCUAUGGAUUGUUUC